AUGGAUUGUCAUCAUUGUAUUUCUCUUUCAAGUCAGGACAUUCUGACUCGCAUUGAACGGGUCAUCUUGGGAGUAGUGACCAGUCUGUCCAAAGACGAGGCCCCGGUCUUGGUUCUGCCCAACAGAUCCAGCUGGGCCAAUGUGAGGUUCGACAGUGCGGUUGGUCUUCAGAUGACUUCAGGACAUUCAGUUACUACCGUAAGGAGCGACUGUCCUUCAUCUAUCACUAAAUUUGGGCAAAUCCUCAAGAUUCUCUCAGUCAUCUACAGACUUGUGCAGAGCAAUUCUUACUCUACGAAGAGAGAUCUAUACUACAACGAUACACAGCUUUUUAGUUCACAGCAAACUGUGGAUCGUAUAGUAGAUGACAUCUCUUGCAUGCUGAAGGUUCCUCGCAGAUCAUUGCAUGUGCUGGCCACAUCCAAGGGUUUAAUCUCAGGUGAUCUUUGCUAUUUGGAGGAGGACGGCACAAAGAUCGACUGCCACUCAAGCUCUAUUGCUAUUCCAGUUUCCCCAAACAUCACUGCGAUUACAAAUAUUGUGUCGUCUGCAAAGUUUAUCUUGAUAGUUGAGAAGGAUGCAACGUUCCAGAAACUGCUGGAUGAUGACUUCUGCACAAAGCUAUCUCCUUGCAUCAUGAUAACAGGUAAAGGCGUGCCUGAUGUGAACAGCAGGUUGAUGGUCAGAAAACUUUGGGAGACGCUACACAUUCCCAUCUUCGCCCUGGUCGACGCUGACCCUCAUGGCAUUGAGAUUAUGUGCAUCUACAAGUACGGAUCACUGGCAAUGUCAUUUGAGGCCCACAGUCUGACUGUCCCCAGUGUUAUGUGGCUAGGCCUCCUCCCCUCUGACCUGCAGAGGUUAAGGGUUCCCAAAGAUUCCCUGAUUCCCCUCACCAAGAAAGAUGAAAGGAAACUCAACAGCCUGAUGAAACGCCCGUACUUAAGCAACCACCCAGCCUGGCAGAGAGAGAUGGAACUGAUGCAGCAGAACAAGGUUAAGGCUGAACUACAGGCCCUGGCAGCGAUUGCUCCUGACUUCCUCACCAGCAUUUACCUGCCUAAUAAGCUGCGUUAUGGAGGCUGGGUUUGA